GUCUGUACACAGGUGAAGAACCUGACUGAGGAAAUGGCAGCUCUGGAUGAAAUUAUUGCCAAGCUGACAAAGGAGAAGAAAGCUCUACAGGAGGCUCACCAGCAAACGCUGGAUGACCUGCAGAGUGAGGAGGACAAAGUCAACACACUCACCAAGGCCAAGGCUAAACUGGAGCAACAAGUCGAUGAUCUUGAAGGAUCCCUAGAACAUGAGAAGAAGGUUCGAAUGGAUCUUGAGAGAACAAAAAGAAAGCUGGAAGGAGAUCUGAAGCUGGCCCAGGAAAAUGUGAUAGACCUAGAAAAUGAUAAACAACAAAUGGAGGAAAGGCUGAAAAAGAAGGAUUUUGAAAUAAACCAGCUCAAUAGUAAAACUGAAGAUGAACAAGCCAAAACGAUUCAACUACAGAAGUGCUGCAGAGACCUGGAAGAGGCCACACUGCAGCAUGAAGCCACGGCGGGCGCACUGGAGAAGAAACACAGAUACACAAAAGGGUUUGAUGAAGAGUGAAGCUCUCUGAUGGACCUUCCUGAAACUUUCUUGUUUAUUGUGUGUUUGUUACCUUCUGCUCCUUCUUUAUUAAGCAAUUCUGUAGAAUACAGACGCUCCUCUACUUAUGAACGAGAUAUGUUCUGAACAGCCUUUGGUAACCUGAAAUGUACGUUAUUCAACAUUAUUUUAAGGGUAUACGCAAGUACAAAGAACUGGGAAGCUGGGAGUACGCACGCUACGCUGCUGCGCGGCGGGAGUAGCGGCCAAGAGUCAUACUAGGUGGAAUUGGUGCGCAGAA